CCGAGGCCGCGGGUUCGCGGCUGAGCCCGCCCCGCACCGGCGAUGGCCGCGGCGCCGGCGGCGGGCGAGGGGCCGGACCCCGAGGAGUUCGUGUACGGCGAGGAGGAUUUCGUGCUGCAGGCGGCCGGCUGGGACGACCCGGACUCCGCGCUCUCCCGCUUCGACCGAGCGCUGCUGGCGGGCUGGAGCGACCGUAUGGAGAGGGGACUGUUCCGGUACCGGCUCGGGCCGCUGCCCACCCGCGUCCUGCCUGGCCCCGAGCGCCUCGUGGCGCAGCUGAACGAGCAGCGCAGCGCCGAGCGCCGCCCGCCGCAGCCCGUCCGCAGCCUCCGGGACCCCUUCGACCCCGGCGCCUUCAACUUCACCCGGCUGCGCCCCGCCGAGCUGCUGCUCCGCCUGCGCCGCGCCGGGGGCCCGGGGCCGCCGCCCGACCCGCUGCUGGUGGCCAUCAACGCCAGCCCGCUGGAGCGGGGACACGUCCUGCUGCUGCCGGAGCCGGCGCGGCGGCUGCCACAGGCGCUGACAGCCCCGGCGCUGCGCGGGGCGCUGGAGGCGGCGCUGCUCAGCGGCCACCCGGGAUUCCGCGUGGGCUUCAAUGGGCUGGGCGGCGGAGCCUCGGUGAACCACCUGCACCUUCACGGGCUCUACCUAAGCCUGCCGCUGCCACUGGAGACGGCGCCGGCCGAGUCGCUGGGGCCGCGCCUGGGGCUGCUCCGCGCCGGACCCGCCCCCGCGUUCCUCUUCUUCGCCGCCGGCCCCGCGGCGCUGGAGCCGGUGUCGCGGGCUGUGUGCCGGGCGGCGGAGCACCUGGGCGGUGCUGGGCUGGCCUGUAACGUGCUGGCCACGCGGGGCGAUCCGCCGGCGGGCGGCGCCGGCAGCGGCCGCGGCCUGCGUGUGCUGCUAUGGGCGCGCCCGCCCCGCUUCGGCCCCAAGGCGGGCGAGCCCUUCGCCGUGGCGCUGUGCGAGCUGGCAGGGUUCCUGCCGCUGCCCGCCGCGCCGCUCUACCGCCACAUCACCGAGGCACAGGCUCUUAGCGCCAUCCGCCAGCACCUACUGCCCGAGGCUGAGCUGCUGCGCCUCGGCGGAGAGCUGGCGCGGCUGCUGGAGAGCUGACGGGACC